AAUACCAUUCAGUUUACGCAGGGACGUUAUAUGGAGUAGACGUUAUGAGUUUUACAAAUAAAGUGGUUCUCGUCACCGGGGGCAGCUCGGGUAUCGGUGCCUCUGCCGCCGUACACUUCGCUAAGGAAGGUGCCGACGUGGCCAUAGUAGGUCGUAACGUUACGAAACUGGACAACGUGGCCCGGGAAUGUGCGCAAGUCGGCAAAAAGCCGCUCAUCAUUAAAGCUGACAUUUCAAAAGACGAAGAAGCGAAUACUAUCGUCCAACAAACCAUUGACGCCUUCGGGAAGCUAGAUGUGCUCAUCAACAACGCUGCAAUGAACAAAUCCGGGUCCCUGCUCGCUGGCAACCUCCUUGAAUCGUACGAUGUAGUCACAGCGACUAAUCUGAGAGCGGUCAUUUUGAUAACGAGCCUCGCGGCUCCGCACCUCGUCGAGACGAAGGGAAACAUCAUAAAUGUAUCCAGUAUCAGUGGAACCAUGGUACCGCUACCAGGAUUACUCACAUAUGGCAUGGGGAAAGCUAGUUUGAAUCAUUUUACACGUGGCAUUGCCUUGGAGUUAGCUCCUCAUGGUGUCAGAGCAAACCUCAUAAGUCCAGGUCCUGUUUUAACCGAUAUCCUUGAGAAUUUUGAUACCCAGUUUACCUGGGACAGUUUUAAGGCCGCCACAGCUUUAAGUAGAUUAGGAGAACCGUCAGAAAUAGCUGAGUUGAUGUUGUUCCUGGCAAGUGACAAAGCUAGAAGCAUAACCGGCUCGAACUACGUCUCCGACAAUGGAAUGCUGCUGCUCAGAUGAAGACCUAUCUAUCUAAUGCAUUUUCAAUUGUUUGAGUCUUUCAAUUGAAUAAAUUAUCUUAACGAAAUAUGUACUACGUAUAA